AUGAUGGACGUGCAACUAAGCGAGCCGACCAAGUGGCACCGUGGAGGCUUCCUCUCCACUCUCAACAGAAGUUUCCGUCUGGCCACCAAAUCAAAAAGCGCUAACAAUUCACCUAUUGAAAACAAAUCUUUUGAACAAAGUUUAAAAAUGACUGACAAGGGUUUAAAUUCAUCAAGCGAUGCUACAGCAGCGUUAAGGCCGCUUGAAAUUGUGGCGCCACGCAUCGAUUCCUACAGAUUUUCUAUGGCAAAUCUAGAAGAAACACAAGACGCUGAUCUAGACGCGAUCUUAGGGGAGUUGUGUGCGCUCGAUUCCGAAUACGAUGAAGAAAUUUCUAGAGUAUCCACUGAUUAUUCGCAAUCCAAAGAAAGAGAAGAGGGCGAGAGUUCCCAGCGACAAGAAAACAAGGAGGGCGAUGGUGCACCAACCAUCACUAGAACUGAUUCACCUGACAAUGACUCUGCCUUUAGUGACACGGUAUCGAUGCUCUCUAGCGAGUCGUCAGCCUCGAGUAGUGCAAGUUCUAAAUGUAAGCCGAUGAAACUUAGUCUGCAUCCAAAUCAAAAGGAUGCAAUUUUUCAACAGAAAGCAGAUAAAAUUAAACUGGCAUUGGAACGUAUGAGAGAGGCGAAUGUAAAGAAGCUCUUUAUUAAAGCUUUCUCUAUGGACGGAUCUUCAAAGAGUCUCCUAGUUGAUGAGAAGAUGACGUGCGGCUACGUCACACGGCUAUUAGCUGACAAAAAUCAUGUCACCAUGGAACCUAAAUGGGCCAUAGUUGAACAUUUACCAGAUUUGCAUAUGGAACGAGUGUACGAAGAUCACGAGAUGUUGGUGGACAACCUCAUGCUAUGGACGCGAGAAUCCAAAAACAAAAUACUGUUUGCCGAAAGGCCAGACAAGAUAUCGCUCUUCCAAACACCAGAGAAAUUUCUCCUAACUGAAGAUGAAAGAGGAUUUAGUGAAUACGACGAGCAUUUACGUCAAGUGGUCAUAGAAGAGUUCUUCGGUCAGAGCGGAGCUUCCACAAUUCCCUCUGUCUCCGGUCAUCAAGUCCCAGCCAUGGAAGGACCUCUCUAUCUUAAAAGUGACGCUAAAAAGGGCUGGAAGAAAUACUACUUCGUCCUACGACCUUCCGGACUGUACUAUUUACCGAAAGAUAAAGUGAAGACCUUAAAGGAGCUGGUCUGCUUGGCGACUUUCGACACUAACGAAGUAUAUUUAGGAGUCAAUUGGAAGAAAAAGUACAAGUCGCCAACUGACUUUUGCUUCGCUAUCAAGCAUCCACGGCUUCAACAGCCGAAGAGCGUCAAGUUUAUUAAAUUUCUUUGUGCCGAUGAUCAAAGGACUCUCGAGAGAUGGGUCACCGCCAUGCGUAUAGCGAAGCACGGCAAACAAUUACUAGAAAAUCACCGCACCCUCGUCGAAGAGCUGACCCAGGAAGAUUUAGACCAUUUGGCCCACGCCCGCUCAUGCUCCAUAACAUCGAUCCCUACAAAGACUAAUGGCACGGCGCCAGGCCUGCCCGCGCCCGUCUCCAGCAACGUCAGUGUUGCCAACUCUGACAUCAGCAGCGGCAGACAUUCUCGAGCUUCAUCUUCUAGUUCAAGCGGUUGUCUCUCAGAUGGCGGUACGGCCUCGGAAAGUGCGUUCGAUUGCGAAUUUCCUAUGGGUACAAUAAAACGAAAACCAUCAAUGAAGCCAAAUAUUCCUUUGACCUGGAUGACGCGGCAACUUAAAGAAAUGGUUGAAAAUGAAGGUGAUGCAGAAGUAGGUGAUUCUGGAACACUCACAAGACGACCGCGCACCCGAGACGAUUCAACUCUUAAACGCCACCACUCAACUGCUACAGAAUCUUCGGAGCCCACUAUAUACAGUACCAGCAGCAUCACCUCUAGCAGUCCAGUGAGAGAUCCGUCAUCACCAACCUAUGGCCACUAUGAAACUAUUACUCACGAACCAUACAGAGCAAGUGUGGACACAGCAUCCUCGCUAUACGGAUACACAAUCUAUGACAAUUCACAAACACAACCAGAACCUACUGUUGAGGAUCUUCCUCUUCCACCACCUCCAACUGAUAUUCCAGAUGGUAUGUUCAGUUCGACUCUCAGCCUUGAUUCAUUGCCACCGCCUCCACCACCUGUGGCCUAUCCUAUAGAGGAUUUAAAUGGAUCCCAGCUGAGUCUACCACCGCCUCCACCUGAACACACUAUUGAGACUCACACUGGACGGGUUCAAGAUAUAGUAAGUCAGCUAACCGCCCAGCAAAUAGAACAAACAUCGAGAGCCGGCCAAAGGAGCAGUUUAAGAAGCUCUGACAGCAACCGAUCAUUCCCCCGACAACCGUCUCUCGAUAGUGUUAAUUCGGAAGCUUCGAAGACCUCUUCUUUACAAUCAGACAAAAGUAUUUACGCUCAUACGCAACAAAAUGUUGCAUAUGGUGCUUGUCUUGUAGAGCUACAAAACAAAAAAAUAAGCAACGGCAGUCCAGCCAUACAGAAGAAGACGAUGGAACCUGUAAAAGAAAGAGCUGGUUCCAUUAAAAAAGUUAACUUUGCAGAUGACCUUCCAAGUAAUUCUGACAAGAAAGCCAAAAAAAUUUCUUUUAAUUUGACGGACGCUCCACUUUCACCAAGAAAGCCUCCUCCGCCGAAACGCAAUGAGAGCACCCGUCUUUCGUCCCCUAAAAAGCUAGCUGAUUCAAACAGUAAUCCUCCAAAAGACUUUCUAAAAGAUCUCCAAAGAGUCAUGAGGAAGAAAUGGCAGGUUGCUCAGAAAUGCAAACUUGAACCGGCAACUACGCCGCAUGAGGUACUCGGUUUCAGAGAAUACCCCCUAUCAGAUGACUACAAAGAGACUAGUGUGUCCAUGUGGGUUCAAGAACAUUAUGGAGGAGGUUCAGGCGUAGAAGAUCCAUUCUACGAGAAUGUGUUCGGAAGAGAAGCUCAACCACGGCGAGAAGAACCGAAACCAAUAAAGAAGCGUCCACCGCCAGCCCCUCCUCGCCGUAGCGAUUCGACGCACUUGAGCACACACCCCGGCAUCCCCCCACCCUCCCAUCCAUCGCCCGUUCAACCGACCGCUUGA